ACGAAGUUUUGUUUAUAGCAAUGACUGUUUUAGGUGUCAGUCUUUGUUUUUCUUUAUUGAUGAAAGUGAUGAUACAAAGUGACUAUUACUAUUACAACACGGUAAAUUGAAAAGUCCCAAAGACAUUUUAAAAUAGUGUUCUCAUUAAACAAGGGCAGAUCCAGGGCAGCCAAAAGGGGCUGUGCCUGUGCCCCAUCCAAAAAAGGAGUCCCCUUUUUGGGGGAGGGGGGUAAUGAAAGGUGAUGGGGGUCUGCUUUAUUUCCCUUCUUUCCAAAAGCGCGUAAACGGCCCUCAAUAAAAGCUCACAUAAAAACUUCAACAUUUUUCGACCCACGAAACACUUUUGCUCGUCCCUUCCCUGAAAAUUGGUUUUGGAUGCGCCCUUGGACUUACAAAAAUAUUUAAUGUUCAGAGAUGAUGACAAUCAGUGAAAAGUUCGUUGACCCAAAAUCUAAUCAAAAUAAAAAGGAAAAGUAAACCUUUUGGGGGUUCUCUUCCUCCAACCAUAACCUCCAUUUAUGUGUUAUCUCCUAUCUUUGCCCUUCACACCAUCUGUCCUGGGAUCCAUGCACAUCUAGCAGAAAUAAGGUUUUCAAUACUUCCAUUCAAAUGUGAAAUGUCAAUUUAGAAUCUCAUGAAUUUUCAUGAAUUGUAAAAGGUCUGCCAGACCUGACCAACAAUACUCCAUUGAGUGGUUAUUAGAAUAGGCGAUGUACCCUGAUUCAUUUAUCAGCUAUGAGAAUCUUUGUUUGAACAAUGAGGGAAUAUCCAAAGAGGUUUUGUGAAAGAGCCGUGGUCGGUGAUGAUGUUUGCUCCGUUUGCAUAAGUACACACGAGGCGCACAGACAGUACGCUCCUUUGUUACGUGAGGAUGAACUCGUGUGCUGCGAACACACACACACAUAUGCUGACAUCAAGACUCAUUUGUCAACGGAGCUGAGAGGAAAAAAGAACCGCCAAGGGUGCACGAGGAAGAGAUAAAGUGUUUUCUACUAGAUGUCUUUUUCUCCAGUCACUUGUAGUCUUUUUAAAGUUACGUAUAAUACUACUGCCUCUGCCAGAGUUCGCGCCAAAGUGAGGCCCUCAAAUACUCGUCGCUUCAGCAUACAAACUUCAUCGACCAACUAAAAGAUGACGAAGGUCCACAUUCCAUAUGCGUUACUGUAUAUCCUACACGUGCUAUUAGCGUUGAAGUUGACGAUGAUACGACUGGGGGCGUCCCACAUUGCCAUCGACGAGUGCGGUGUAUUCAAAGGCUGUUUCAGAAGCCCCGUGGAUUGCCAGAGUGUGACAUCGUGUGACGCCGUCGUGACGUGGCAGGAGACGCCAGACGGAGGAUCCUUAAUUAUUGAAUUGGCGGGAAUAUCACCUGGCUACGUAGCUGUUGGAUUUUCUGGUAAUCAGCGGAUGUCGAACACAGACGUCUUAGCUUGUGUUGAUAACAAUGGAGCAACACUGAAACAUUUCUACAAUCCAGUUCGCCAUGUGAAUGAACCUCGGACGCAGGUCGGAGUUGCAGACGUGACUGCUUCGUCAGCCGAUGGCGUAAUCCAGUGCCGAUUCAAGCGUGUCAAGAGCCUCGACGGAAACCAAGAGUUUGCGGACCUGAGAGAAGAUACGUAUGUCCUGCUCGCCAGAGGGCUUCAAAGUGAUGGUUUCCUGACCUACCAUACGCUGGGCUAUUUCAUCAGCAGCACAAAACAGAAUUUCUCAGUUUACCGAGCCGCCGAUGACUUGACGACAGCGUUUCCACCUUAUCAUGACGGCAAUUCAACCCAGAGAACCCUCCUGCCAACAGACUUCCUCAAUACGGAGGCCUCGCCCAGGCUUACAGCACCAAGCAGUAACGGGGCCAGCAAGCAAUACAUCUCCCUCACCGCAGUUUCCUUUUUAACGGUUCCAAGUGUUUGUAACAUGCUAAGAAUAGUUUAACACUGUUGCCAACACUUUUGAAAUCGAUCUAUGUAGAAAUUAUUUUGAUUGAUUUCUGGAAUUGCAGAAGGGUUAAAGUAAACAUCCACACAGUGGAAAAUAUGGUGGAAAUAAUGACCUACAGUAAAAUUAAGAAUAUCAUACUCACCUAAAAUCUAUUAUUCUUGUUUCAUAAAAACUUUUAUAUUAAUAUACCAAUUUUCAGCAAACGCCAAUUAGUUUACAAUAUAAUCAAACAAUAGUCCUUCAUGUAUUUGACUAAACAGUGUAAUCUUCUCACAAUAUGAUGUAAAAAAUUCAUGAAUUAUAUUUUGUAUACAAAAUUAACAUUUAUAGCGUAAUUAACAGCCCUACGUGUUUGCGUAUUGCACCUGCCAAUAUAUACUCUGUUUUAUUGUAUUAGCUGUCGUAGUAAUUUUUCAAGAACAAGAAAAAUCAAAUUCCGCAUUUUUUCGGUCAGUAUCAGUUUAAUUUUACACAUUGUUCCUGAAAUAUAGGGCCCUCUUGAUGUGCCUUAGUUAUUGAAUACGGGCGUGUUCACAAUAGUGCGCCUCCAAGAGUUUGCAACGCGUUAGCCAUUCACAGUACGCGAAAUUUGUCGGCCCAAAGCCGUUUGGAAAGGGUCGACAAAUUUCGCGCGUUGUGAUUGGCCAA